AUGACAGACGCGUUCCCCAUCGCUCUAGUGGGGCCUUCCUCGAAGGAGAGAAAGUAUGACCGACAGCUGCGUUUAUGGGCAGCCAGUGGGCAGCAAGCACUCGAGCAGUCGCGCGUUUUACUAGUAAACUCCGAUGGUCCCAUCGACAGCGAUAAUACAUCAAUCGGGGGUGUUGCUGGCGUCGAAACUCUCAAAAAUCUAGUACUGCCUGGAGUAGGAGGCUUUACUAUCGUUGAUCCCGCAAUUGUCACAGAGACCGACCUCGGCGUGAAUUUCUUCCUUGAAGAGAGCAGUCUGGGCAAAUCUAGAGCUCAGGAGACAUGCGCAUAUCUGAAGGAACUGAACCCUGAUGUGGACGGAGACUACAAAGCAGAGCCAAUCUCAGAACUCUUAGAACAACCCGAAUUCCUCUCCGCCUAUAAACUCAUAGUGGUCUCAGGCCCGAUAAAACGAUCCUCACUCGAUGCGCUCUCCCUCUCCGCCGACCAACUUGGCGUUCCUUUAAUGUACACACGCUCUGUCGGCUUCUACUCCUCCUUCUCACUACAGCUGCCCUCCGAAUUUCCCAUUGUCGAAACACACCCAGACCCCGAGUCUACACAAGAUUUACGGCUACUCGAUCCCUGGCCUGAGCUGCAGGCGGCAGGCUCCGCAAUUACAGACCCUGAUGCGCUCGACGACCACGAUCAUGGUCACGUGCCAUAUAUUCUUAUAUUACUACAUUACCUAGAGAAAUGGAAAGCUGAACAUGACGGCAAGGCGCCAGAAAAUUACAAAGACAAGACGGCUUUCAGAGAAUUCGUGAGAGCUGGGGCAAGGACCAACACUGCAGAAGGCGGAGAAGAGAACUUUGAUGAAGCCGUAGGAGCUGUUCUCAAGAGUGUCAAUCCUUGGUCAUUGCGCAGCAAUAUUCGCGAGAUAUUUGAUAUGAAACAGUGCAAGAAUCUGCAGCCAGAUUCAGACAAUUUCUGGAUCAUCGUUGCUGCCUUGAAAGAAUUCUAUGCAAAACAUGCUGUUCUCCCACUUCCUGGAUCGGUGCCUGAUAUGAAAGCCAAGUCGGCAGAUUAUAUCUCCUUACAGAAUAUUUACAAAAGCAAAGCAAGUCGCGAUUUCAAAGAAGUACUUGAAACUGUCCGCACUCUAGAAGCGCAGCUAGGUUCACGGACUGUACCAAUUGCAGAGAAAGAAGUCGAGGUCUUUUGCAAGAAUGCAUCCCAUGUGAAAGUUAUUCACGGACGCCGAAUACCGCACAUCACCAUCGACGCCAGCCAAACUCUCAAAGCCAUCCGAUUUGGUUUCGGGAACCCGGAAUCCGUCAUUCCCGUUUACAUCGCUUUCGAAGCCCUAGACGCUAUUGUUGAUGGUAUUCAAAGCGGACGCUUACCCGAAAUAGCGCUAGACGAUGACGCGACAUGGGACGCAACUCUCAACCGCUUAAUAACCACCAUAGCGGAGGACGACAAGAGUUUCCUUGAAGACGAAUCGGUCCGCGGAAGUGUGGCGAACGCAGCCAAAGAGCUCCGUCGUACCGAAGGUGGUGAAUUACACAAUAUCUCCUCUCUUACUGGUGGAUUGGUCUCGCAGGAGGCGCUGAAGGUGUUGACGAGACAGUAUGUCCCACUGGAUAAUACUUGUAUCUUUGAUGGAAUCGGUAGUCGAAGUGAGAUGUUUCGCUUGUAG